GAGUUUUUUCUGCCUCCCUUGAUCGGUGAGCGGCUGAACUUACGCAGUGAGUACGACCCCAUUCCCUUGACCGAGGUCGAUGGCAUCUUGCGUGGGCACAGCUCGGCGCUGGGGUUGGACAUCUGCGUGCGCGAACAUGAAAUCCGGUUGUACGACCCGACCGGUGGGUCUUGGCUGCGCAACCAUCGCGAAGAGGCCGCAGCCCGUCGCAUCGCGGAAGAACGCGCUGAACAUGCCCAGGAGCGCGCUGAACAUGCCGAGGAACGCGCUCAACUCUUGGAGCGCUUACUCCGCGAGCGCGGGAUCACCCCGCCCGGCGGCGGAUGAGCCUGUUCGUCCGGCUCGAUAACCCGGCGCUCACCCCGCCGGCUGACGCGCCACCGCCACGAUGUGGAACAUGUGGCGGAACAGUUGCAGGGAGCCCCGCAGCAGCGACUUGAGGUCCCGGUUGGCAUCAGGGCGGACGUGCCGGAAGAUGUCGGUCUCGGUGUAGUACACCUCGACGUCGGGCCGCUGCUCCUCCAGCGCGUCAACCAGUCGUCGCGACUCCCCCACG